UAUACCACAGUUCAUUUCUGCAACCAGCUCUUUUAUGACAUAUCUACUUUUCUGUAUUUACAGUCCUUCAUGGGUUAGAUCAGAGCUGUCCAAAUGGCCCAUGGGCCAACUGCAACCCAGUCAAUUUCUAAAAAUCAGAUAUGCUAAGAAUUAGAAAAUGAAUAUGAACUUGAAUGUUGUACUUCUUAGUUCUGACUCUAGGUGGGGUUGUUGUGUUGAUUCUGAAAAUGAGCAAGAAUUUGGUGACGUGUUUAAAUUGAGUCAACAGUGGAAAUGGUAAUUUGCCAAACAAAAUAAUAAGGGUAUGCUGAUUGAUAACACCCUGAUGAAAAAGAUCAAAGGAUAACAGUAGCAAAUUACAGCAUGAGUGUUGCUGAUUUGCUCUGCCAUCAGCUCCACAAUAAUACUCAUAAAAUAUUGUUGUUAUUGUUAUUUAUGUUAUUUUUUGCACACGACUUUUAAAAAGAAGCUUGUACAAAGUACUUUGACAUACAGAACAUAAAAAGAACAAAGCACAAAAACAGUUACAAAAUAACCAACAACAGCAAAAUACACAAUUUGAUGCAAAAAGAACCCAUGCUCAAUCUUAAGCAGCAUAUCAUUUUUAUACAGCCCUAUUAAGUUUUCCUCACUCAGGUUAGUCCACCUGAUUUUUGAAGAAAUAGUAAAGAGUGUAGAACUAUUUGUCCCCACCAGCCUUAGGGUGUUAUUACAUGUGUUUUUAUAUUUUGUGGUUAUGUAUAUGUGCUCUAAUAUCUUGUGUUGUUUUAUUGCUGCUGCUGCUGCACAUCCAAUAUCCCUCAAGGAAGAAGUUGACAGAUUUAUGACAUGAAUGUAUAAACCAUUAUACCAGGCUACAGCUGUCACCACCACAGCUUGCCCUGCAGAUAACCACUGCACUGGCCGGCCUGUUGGCCUCAGAAUAACUCUGCUAUAUGUGUCCUGAGUUAAUCCUUAAAGACGAGCGCUGCAGAGAUCCUUGCCUGCCUGUCAGUGAAAGUCCUGCUCUGAGACACAAAGGACUUUCCCUCCUGAGAGCUGCAGGACAACAUGGAGAAGAACAUCAGAGGCCCUGAACACAACAGGACACCCCAACUGUUGCAGUCAUGAAUCCUCUGCUGCUUCCAUCAAGAUGGAGAUUUCAGCUGUGAGUGAACCAGAAGCAUCCACCAUGAGCGCAGACGCAGCCUGCAGGGCCGAGCUGGACUCGGAUGAGAACGGUUUGGACUCUGAGCACAAUAACGGGCUGGACUCGGAGCAUAACUGCGAGCUGGCUGACCUGGUGGCCGCCAUGAACGUGGCAGCAAACCGUGUGACCCCUCCUAAUGGCUACAGGCCCAGCAGCGUUCAGAGGGUUCGGUUGUCUGACAGGAAGCUGUCCCUGCAAGAGAGGGGGAGCCGCAUGGCCCGACAGCCCACCAUCGAGACCAAACGUGUGUCCAUCACAGACGGUGAUGACUGUGUCCAGCUCAACCAAUACAAGUUAAACAAAGAGAUUGGAAAGGGUUCAUAUGGAGUGGUUAGAUUGGCAUAUAAUGAAGAUUCUGAGCAGUACUAUGCAAUGAAAGUUGUCUCAAAGAAGAAGCUGAUGAGGCAGUGUGGAUUCUUGCGCCGUCCCUCUCCUCAAGGAUCAAACUACCCCCAAGAUCCUUACCCUAAGGCUGUGCUGCCUCUGGAGAAAGUGUACAAGGAGAUCGCCAUCCUGAAGAAACUUGACCAUCCUAAUGUUGUUAAACUAGUGGAGGUGCUUGAUGAUCCUGAUGAAGAUGGACUUCAUAUGGCCUUCGAGUUGAUGACAAAAGGACCGGUGAUGGAAGUGCCCACAGAUGAUCUUUUCACAGAGGAGCAGGCUCGCUUUUACUUCAGAGAUGUCAUCCUGGGAUUAGAAUACUUGCACUACCACAAGAUCAUCCACAGAGAUAUCAAACCCUCCAACCUGUUGCUGGGCGAAGACGGUCAUGUCAAGAUCGCAGAUUUUGGUGUAAGCAAUGAGUUUGAGGGAACAGACGCGCUCCUGUCCAGUACGGCAGGGACGCCGGCCUUCAUGGCCCCUGAGAUGAUGACAGAGCAUGAGCAGAGCUUCAGCGGGAAGGCGUUAGACGUGUGGGCGAUGGGAGUCACUCUGUACUGCUUUGUCUUUGGAAAGUGCCCUUUUUAUGAUGAAUACAUCGUUGCUUUGCACAGCAAAAUCAAGAACAAACCUGUGGAGUUUCCAGAGAUGCCAAUGAUAAGCAACAACCUAAGGGAGCUCAUUGAGAGGAUGCUGGAUAAAAACCCUGAAACAAGAAUCACCAUCCCUAAAAUUAAGCUCCAUCCAUGGGUGACAGAGGACGGCACCAACCAUCUUCCUCUGGAGGAGGAGCAUUGCACCGCGUUGGAGGUGACCGAGGAGGAGGUGAAGAAUAGCGUCAAACUCAUCCCCAGCCUCUCCACUGUGAUCCUGGUAAAGUCCAUGCUGAGGAAGCGCUCUUUCAGUAAUCCCUUUGAGUGUCAGGGCAGACGGGCAGAGAGGUCCAUGUCUGCUCCUGGAGGUCUUCUUACAGGCACUUGGGGCUUAUUGGGGUCUUCGCCUCAGCUUCAUCCUUCCUUGAGUAGGAAAGUCAGCAAUGAGGGGAGCAGAGACGGAGAGUUGGAGGACUUGUAUGAGGACGACACGUUUACCGAGUGCACGGAAGAAAAUGACACAUAAAAAAGAAGAGAGUAUGCAGGAAAUUUGUAUGUUUUCUACCUUUCUUUACAUCUUUCUUUCCUAAAUCUCUCUCCUAAUAUUGCUUCUCCUUCAUGCUAUUGUGCUUCAGUGUUUUUUCCUACAUUUAUGGACAAGUUCGAUCUACUAGAUCUGCAAUAUUUUGACUAUAACUGGCUUUAUAGUGCUCUAAAUGCUUAAAAUAAUCCCAAGAAUAAUUAGCCUUGUU